AGCGGCUUUGCCUGCCCGCAGCUCCGGCGGCCCCUCCCAGCCUCGCUUCGACCCCCCCCCUUCGCCGCCAUGGCGCUGAUGGGACGCACGCUGCGGCUGCUGCCCGCUGCGGCCAAGGCCGCGCGGCGCGCGCCAGCUGCGUGGGGCACGCCGGCAUUCCGGGCCUUCUCGAGCAUCAAGUACCAGGCCUCGCACGAGUGGCUCCGCCUGGACGCCAACGGCGAGGGCACCCUCGGCAUCUCUGACUUCGCACAGGGCGCGCUCGGCGAGGUCGUCUACGUAGACCUGCCGUCCGAGGGCGCCACCUUCAAGACAAAGGAUACGAUCUGCACGCUGGAGAGCGUCAAGGCCGUGGGCGAGGCAUACGCGCCGGUGGACUGCGAGGUGAUCGAGGUGAACGAGAAGCUGAACGACGAGCCCACGCUGGUCAACAGCUCCUGCAUGGAGGACGGCUGGCUGGUGAAGAUUAAGUACACGGGUGACCUGUCGAACUUGAUGGACCAGGCUGCGUACGAGAAGCACCUCGAGGACACCAAGGAUGAGUAGGUCCGCAUGUGCUGCAUCCCUUCGCCUUCCCCCCCGCUCUCACCUCCAAUAGUCUGGGCCGCAGCCUGUCUGGCCCCCCCCCCUCCCCCUCCCCUCGUCCCUGCUCGCCCCCUUCGGCCUUCGCACGCUUCGCUUCCUGCCGGGUCCUCCCGGCCACGCGUGCGUCUCUCCUCUUCUGCUGGGCCGCAGCCUGCCUGGGGGGGUGGGGGGGGGCUGCCGAUUCCGGAGGAGGGCCCUCCCCGCCGUUUUCUCAAUCUGGCCCGCCUCCGGCGAUUUUGAUCCCUUCGCGCUCUCGAUCGGCUUAUGGCGUAGGGUGCUCAAGAUGUGCAGGCGCCGUUCGGCAGAUCUUGGUGUCUCGGCUUCGCGCCAGAUCGAAAA